GCAUAUAAGCGUUACUGUAAUGCUGAAGUUCUGGAGACAAGAGACGACAUGAGAGUUAGUAGUUUCUGCAAUCCAGUGAAGGCUGUUGAAAGUAUUAAGAGUGUAUUGACUGAAGAAGAAGUGAAACUGUUUAGGGAGACCGUAUUUGGAUACAUGUUAGAUGUAGGAAAUCUGAAAUGGUUAAAUGCACAACUGAUAUCCAUGCUGAUAGGAAAUCAUGUCGCACCUGUGGAAGAGAUGACUGUUAUGAAUGAAAUUCAGUUUCAAAUUGGAGAAAGAGUAGUAGGAAUGAAGAAAAAAGACCUAGCCUUGAUAACAGGAUUUGAGUUUGGGAGGAACAAACCAGCUAUGAGUACUCGUUGCGACGGGGAACUGUGGAGGAGGCACUUUAGUGGAAAGACAAGUCUUGACCGGGGAGACCUACGGCAAGCAUUUGAAUCCAUUAAUAAUAGAAGAGAAGACAUGCAACCAUUUGAUGCGGUGAAGUUAGCAUUGUUGCAUGUUCUUGGCAACUACAUACUAGGUAACCAGAAAUCACUCAAAGUGCCUACAACUUACAUCAACCUGGUAGAUGACCUUGAUGCAUUCAAUAAGUUUCCAUGGGGUGAUAUCGUGUGGUCUGAUUUGGUUGAUAAGGUUCCGAAGUGUGCAGCAAUAUUGGGGGAGGGAAAGAGCACUAGGGUGACAUUCCCUGGAUAUGUAUUUGCCCUACAAAUAUGGGGUUUUGAGACUUUUCCUGAACUGAACAGAGCGAGAGUGUGCUUGAAAAGGCCCGAAACUUACUGGCCAAGGACAUUGAAUUGGUCUGUCACGUCAAAGCCAUCAUCUGUGGUUCUUGCAGAGAUUAUUUUCAAUAAUCCAGAGUUUCAAUGGGAAGAGAUGAAACCAACAGAGGAGGAGUUAGAAGAGACAUGUGUUGCACAUGCUUUGGAGAAAAUAAGCAGUGAAGAAGCUUCUUCACAGCCAGUCAAGAAAGCAAGACGAAAGGCUACAAAUGGUGGUUGUAAAGUUCGGAAGGGGAGAGUAAAGAGUAGAAAAAACAAAAAGGAUGAUGUUGAUGAAAAUGAAGAUCCAUCUGGUGAAGAUAGCGAAG